AUGUUUAUGGGCCUGGGCCUCCCAUUCGUCUUCUUUGCCAUCUUUAUGAUCACAAUGAUGACUGGCAACGGUUCUUUGUGGCCAAUCUUCAUCGGUCUCUUCAUCGGAUCGUUCAUCCUCUUUAUCAUCCUCGCCGCCUUCCAACACAGAAAGAGAGUCAGAUUGGUGGACUUGGCCCUCAACGAGGCCAACUGCCAGUUUGCCGCCCGUGGCAUCACCUUCUCCAAGUACUACAAGCACUCAAAGAACCACCACAAGCGCAAGCACACCAGAUUGUGCAUCAGAGUCGACUUCCCCUCGCCAGUCGUCAGCGUCAUGCCCGUCCAGCCAGUCUUCAUGCCACACAACGGCAUCCCAAUGGACACUCUCCAGCCACAGCAUCCAUUCAACCAACAGGCUUACAUGCCACAGCCACAGAUGAACUUCCAGCAGACUGGUGCACCAUUCCAGCCACAAUACCAACAGGCUGCUCCCUUCCAGCCACAGUACCAGCAACAUGGUGCACCAUAUGGACAGUACCAAGCUCCAUUUGUACAGCAACAACCACAACAACAGCAGCCACAGUACCAGACUCAGCCCCCAAUCGUUACCAACAAUGACAUUGGCAUUGAUGAGAAGAUGAGUCUGCUCAAGUAA